AUGUCCGAUGUAUCAGCCCACAAAUAUUCUCUGCAAUCCGUUGGUCAAGCCGGAUUCAUCACGCUAGAUCAAGUAGAAUCUGCUGGAAUUCAACUCUGCGAAGGACGUUUGACACCGCGACCGAGAAUCUCCGGCGAUUCUAUCAGUGUCGUUUUCAUCGUCGCGACUGAUAAUGACAAGAAGUUGCAGAACAUGGAUCAACACAUGCAAGAAAGUCUCCGCAAGCUUCGCGAAAAGAUAGCAAAUCCAAUCCAACUUCUCGGCACUUUCUGCCUGCGCGAAGUGGACUCCGGUGUCCCAGCUCAGCCACAAGGUUUCAAGGAAGGCGUCACCGGCGCCGCCGGAAAGUAUGGCCGCAUUGGAAACGCUUUCAUCGCCGUCAAAAACUUUCAAGAUGGAUUAGCUAAAGAAAUCAAGAUAUCCAAGGAGCUGGCAAGUGCGAUUGAGGACGCGGAUGUUCAUAUUUUUGGUGGACAGGAGGCGUCCCCGGACCUGGAGCAUGAACCGCCAUAUGAGCCGAACUACCUUGCCUGCUACAAUGCCACCGAGUCCCCUGUACCCCAGAAGGAGCGCUACUGUGUGGUGAAAAGCCCUGGACUGGAGGUGAUCAAGGCCGCCGUCGAGGAAGCUAUUGGACGCAAUAAAUCACUGGACGAAGCUGGCAAGGACUGGACCGGUGGUAAAAUUCUUGUGGAACGCGGAGUGGUGAAAAGCGCCUCCAAUUGGCACCCAGAGCUUGGAAAAGAAAAAAAGGAUCGAUUUGAGUAUGCAAAUGAGGGUUUGGUGAAAAUGCACCUACCUGAAGUGUGGUUCAAACAUCUCUCCUAA